CUAUUUUCUUUCUUUUUGCUACCACUCCAAAUUCUCAAGCUAGUUUGUAGCAAAUUCCUUUAUAUUAUUCUUCCUUUCCGCAACAAAACCACUGAAUAUUUUAACAUUCUAGUCUUUGAUCAAUCAAUCAGAAUGGAUCAAGAACAAGAACAAGAACAUCAACAACCAUCUUCUUCUUCUCGCAAGAGAAUACUUGAACAGGAUGAUGAUACUGAUGCAUAUUAUCUCGGUCUUUUGCCUCCAGAAGCUUAUGAUACUUCCAAACGCAUCAAAACGUAUGAUUUCUUAGCUGCUUUUGACGAACCAAAGCGCGAAACCAUCGUUAUCUCUGACAGUGAUGAUGAAGAAGUUCAAGAUGAGACUGAAAGUGAUGAUGAUGAUAGAAGCAAUGCCGCACGUGCUCUCGCAUUAUUUCCAAGAAACCAGCAAGAGGAGCAUCACAAUGCUUCUGAGAAUAAAAACAACGAUGUUGUGAUUGAGAGCAAUGCGGCUGAUAAAAUCGAUGAUGAUGAUGUGGAAGAUGAAGUUGAUGAUGAUUCUUCAACUCCAUUCUCUGAAGCAAUCAAAGCUAUUCAAGAACGCGCCGAGAGAAACCAGGAAAGAGGGAUUGUUGAAGAACCUCCUGUAUGGAUUCCAAAAAGGAAUGAAAAAGAUUCGGUUAGAAGAAGGUCGUGUGUUCCGUCAUUGCAAGAACUGUCUCUUAACAUUCUUGCUCAGCAUUCUGAUGCAGUUGUUUCGCUCGACUGUGUCGUCGACGAGUUCAGACAAAGGCUUAGUAAUCUGCUGUGUGAUUCAAGGAAAAUGAACUGUUACUUUCUUAAACUACUUCUUACUGGUGUUCCGACUCAAAUUCGGCUUAAAGACUGUUCCUGGUUGACAGAAGAAGAAUUUACUAAUUAUUUUCAAACACUCGACACUUCCGAAUUAGAGGUGAUACAACUUGACAAGUGUGGAAAAAUUGUGACUGAACAUACAUUACCUGCUACAUUGGCAAAGUCACCAAACUCAUUGUCUAAAUUAACCAUUCUAUCGCUCACGGGUGCAUGCCGUCUUACGAAUGAAGGAUUGCGGUUACUAGUUUCGUCUGCAACAGAACUUAGAUCCAUAAACCUAAGCCAAUGUUCCCUUCUCACUUGUGAUAGUCUUGGAAUUUUGGCUGAUUCAUUCGGAUCUGUUUUGAAAGAGCUGCAUAUUGAUGAAUGCAUACUCAUUGAUGUUGCGCGGAUUUUACCGGCCUUGAAGCGAUUCAAACAAUUACAAGUGUUGUCACUAGCUGGUGUUCCAUCUGUUUCUGAUGAAUUUAUUAAGAGUUACUUCAUCGCUUGCGGUCACAACAUUAAGGAACUUGUUUUAAAGGACUGCUUAAAUUUGACAGAUGCGUCGGUGAGAAUCAUUGCUAAACAUUGUCCUGGUUUGCGUGUGCUUGAUAUUAUGAACUUGGGAAAAUUGACUGAUUUAUCCGUUGGAUAUCUUGCGAAUGGUUGUCAAAGAUUGCGUACAUUGAAGCUAUACGGCAAUCCAUUCAGCGAUGAAGCAAUUUCGGUAUUUUUGGAGUUAGCUGGCAAAACCUUGGAAGAACUUUCACUUAAUAGCAUUACAAAGGUUGGCCUAUUGACAGCCACAUCACUUGCAAAGAAUGGCCAAAAUUUACAUACCUUGGAUCUAUCAUGGUGUCGAAAUCUGUCUGACAAUGAGCUCGGUUUAAUUGUCGAUAGCUGCUUGUCGCUGAGGUCACUUAAGCUUUUCGGAUGCUCGCAGUUAACAGAUAUGUUUUUCAAAGGACACUCAAACUCAGGGGCUCGGAUCAUUGGGUUGAAGUUGAGUCCUUUAUUUCAGCGUUUCGAAGAGCCUAAUCUUAACGAAGGCAGUUUGCGUUAGUCAUCAGUCUCGCAGAAAACUUUGAUAUAAAUUAGAACUAGAAACAGAAAUGAAAUACGUAGAAGGUGAUAUUUGGCAUAACUUGUUUUCUGAAGAGAUGUGAAAAUUACUCUAUUGUCCGUUUUCGAAUUUUGUUUCAGUGAUAUGCUUAUAGACCGUAGUCGAGUUGUAGCUGGAAAAGAUCACCUUUUUCC